GAGAUAGGCAAUAACUAUAAGUAGUUGGAUAGGGCAUGAAACUUGGAACCGUCGGCGAACAUUGAGCCAUAGUAAUAGAUCGCCUUCUCCGCCGCCGCCGCCGUAAGUAGUUCGAUCGACGUCGCGGCGGUUCACGUUCCGUUCCCACGUAACGUAGCCAUGGUGCUCGGCAGUGUCUUCAUCGUCCUCGGCUCCGGCGUCGCUGGAUCCCUUCUCACCGGUGACACCAAACUUCCGAAACUGGGGGAUGUAUUCUCUGGAGCCGCCAAGUUUGUGAAGAAACAUGAAGGCGGUGCCGCAAAGUCUGGGUCUGGCAGCAGCGAUAAUCAGAAUACUUCUCAGCAGUUGCUAUCUCAGAUCAACUAUAUCAGGGAAGAGCUACACACCCUACAGGCCUCAACACCAACUACAGUAGUGACAUCGGCUGUGAAAUCUGGUUCUGGACCAUAUGCUAUAACAGCAGUUGUUGUUGCUGGGGCUAUCGGCUACGCUUAUAUAAAGUGGAAGGGAUGGAAUCUCUCUGAUAUGAUGUUUGUGACAAGGCGUGGUUUAUCUGAAGCUUGCUCUGCUGUUGGCAGCCAUUUGGAUAAAGUUUCAGACUCUGUUGUCGUGACAAGGAAACAUCUGGCUGGGAGGAUUGCCCGUGUGGAUAUUAGUUUAGAUGAAACCCAGCAGAUUAUCGAGGGCACAAGGGAUGAGGUCGGAAUCAUACAUGGAGAUCUAAGUGCUUUCCAGGAGGACUUGCAAUCAGUAAAUCUUGUAGUUCGAACUCUGGAAUCCAAGAUGGGACGUCUUGAAUGCUCUCAGGAUCAAAUGGUAGACGGAAUAAAUCACUUGUGUGAGUUCACCCGGAAGCUGGAAUAUAGCCAGACGAAGGCCAAUAUCUCGUCGCCAUCCGUUCCUGCAGUCAUGGAUUCCUCCUAUUCAGAGCGAAUUGUAGAGAAGGCUACUAGCUGUUUGCCAAGACUAGCUCUGGAGGCGCCAAACUCACCUGUAGUGCCUAGACCAGAAGAGACAUCCCUGCUGCAGGUGGCCGAACAGCCUAAAGCUCUGAAGGAGCAGGAGAAGGAGAACGAGGAAGGUGCUAGCCAAACAUGUCAAGCAUCAUCAUCGUCGACUAAAGCAGCAGCAGCAGCAGCAGCUAGCACAAACACACGACGGAAAGCAAGCUCCAGCCGAUUGGGGGCCCUCUGGAUGCCUGUGAUCGGCACUUUGCUCAGGGCUUCUGCUAUAAAUUAGCUUGGCUGAGCCAUGGUGGCAAUUUUGUAGGUCCUGCUAGAAUUGGCAACGCAGUGCCACCAGAUAGCUCGAAAAACGAUCAAAACUAUCUAGAUAGGGUGAAGGUUAUCUGCAUUGGCAGCGAAUUAAGAUUUGCAUUGCCA